AAUAGGAGAGUUUUUAAAGUGUGAGAAAAAUGGUGGUUACAAAACUUGUUAGAAAACUUAUGUUGGCGAUGAUGGAAUUGUUUAUCCUUAUUCUCCUUGAUGUGCAAGCCAAUGACCUUGCCCUUACCUCAUUAUCUAUGUCUUCACCUCCCAUCAUAUUUCCCUAUUCCUUUGAAGUUGAUGAAGCUGAAGGAAUGUAUAAGUGCAUUACAAAUGUAGUUGAAGGAUGUGAAAGUACUAAAAAAACAUGGCCACUUUCCGACCUUAGAUAUCAAAAUUCAUAUCAAGAUGCCCUCAAAUGUCAUCUACACGCAGAUUCCUUGAGUUCUAUCUUUUUAUCUGGUACCUAAGAAAGAAUAUGAUUAAAUCCAUCAGUUUAAAGCUUCAAAGAAAAAUUUUGAAAUUCUGCAAGGACAUGCUAAGUUUAAACUCAAGGGAUCGAGCGCACCUGAGCUCGAGCGCACCAAUUACUUGGGCUCGAGCGAAUUCAUGAGGAAGAACUGAUAGCAAGGUAGAAACUAGAAAAGAAAAGAGUUUUACUUCUCCUAUUUGGACAAGAAGUUAAGAAGACCAUGAAAUAAACUAGGGUUGCUCUUGUAUUCUAAAAUACACCUUAAAUUCCUGCUUUGAAGGCAUGCCACAUUACAUAAUAGAAAUCAAUAGGAUUAGUGGCUAGGUUUUAGGAGAAAAGCGCAGAAAUUCCAGCAGCUUCUUGCGAUGGAUUUCUCCUCAACGAAAGUGAUUUCAAGCAUUUUCAUGAGCAGCUAAUUCAUUCAUAGGGUAUCGAUGUACCAUUUCAAAGUAAUAAUAGUGUAAUUGUGUUUUUCUUUGGAAA